AUGUCUCGUCGUCCUGAGGUCCCAUGCUCGGAAGAGUUGCGGGAGUACUAUGAAAGUAUACCGGCUAAUUGGCCCAUAGACGCGUCCCCUUUCAUGGGAGUCAAUCCCCAAUAUUGCACAGAGCCUCUUGUUCCACCAAGCGUCCUGACCCCAAUCAGUCUCCCGGAUAGCUCAUUCCGGCCAAGUCCAGCACUCAGUCACCACUCACAGGACUACCAUGCACAAGAAUACCAAUACAGCAUUAAUGAAUCUAUCUCAGCACCACAAGGCCUGGGAAUCAGCGCCCCAUUCUCAAGUGAAUUCCCUCGGACCUCAGCACCAAAUGCCAGCUAUAUGUACGCCCCAGACAACACCCUGAUGGGCAUGGACCGAACGCCGAACAUGUCGCCCCAAGCUCCACCACCCAAGCGCGCGAAACGCAUCUCGUCGCAGCAACCAACCCGUGAUCAGCCAAUCAACAUUGCCCCAAACCCAGAGGGCAUGCGGCAAAUGGAGCUCGAGCGCAUGUAUGGCCAUCCCUCUCCACAGAUCCCGCCUCGGCCUCGUGCUCCCGGUCGUGGACGUCGUGAUCCCCAGGCCGAAGAUGAAGAUUCGUUUGUAGAGACGCUGCGAGACCAGGGCGUUGCUUGGAAGGUUAUCCGUGACAUGUUCAUGCAGCAUUUCAAUAAAGAUGCUUCCGAGGCGCGCUUGCAGAUGCGUCAUCUCCGUCGGAAGCGAGAGCGAGUUGCGCGUUGGGACGAGUCAGAUGUCCAGCUCCUUAUUCAAGCACAUGAGCUUUGGGAAAGGGACAAGUACCGUGCCCUAUCAGAUAUGAUUAAAGAAAUGGGCGCUACGAGAUUUUACUCUCCGAAUGCGUGCAAAGCUCAAAUGCGACUACUUGAAACUAAACAACAGCGUCGAGAUCGCGCAAGUGCUACGCCUUCAGCAAUGUCCGAUCCUGCUCCCGCUACUCCGAUCACCCCUAGAAUCUCUCGAAAAAGAGCCCGAGCUCAGUCUCUGGAUACGGAUUUUGAGGAUGAUGAGUAUAUCUAG